AUGACGGACAUUAUGGAAGAAGACCCCUCUUCGGGGCUCGUCUCCUCAUCCGAGGAAGAGGACGAGAUUGAAGAACAGAAUGAGCAAAUCGUCGAGUCACUAGUCUCAGGUCGUGCGAAACGAAGCACCGCUGGCCAACACAUGUCCGCCCUAAUCGAUGCCGCCGCCGAUGACGACCUCACCCUACUUUUUGAGGAAGUGGAAGAUGACAACGAAUUCGCGAUGGAUGUGGAAGCCGCAGAGGAAGAUGAUAUGGGCCUGGAAUCCGAUGACGAUGAUGAUGACGACCAAGGGCCCAAUGCCAACAACGACUACGAAGGUGAAAAGCAACUACAGAAGGAUGAGCGCAAGAAGCGUCGAGCGCAGAAUGACCUCCGAUUCCAAACCUUGCGCAAGCGAGUCAAGAUCGAUCCUAUGGCCGUCUCCACGCCAUCCGCCCUACCCCCGCCUCGCCCGAAGAAGAAAUCAGAACGAAUCUCCUGGAUCCCGACCGUCGAAGAUGGACCCGUACGAUCCUCGUCUCGCCGGCAAACUAUGGUUAAUAAGGAGAUGACACAUGCUCGCUUAAAAGACAGUCAGGAAAAACGUAUCCGGAUCAUCGCGACAAUGAAGGAAGCGGAGAAACGGAAGGCGCAUUUGAAACCGAAAAAAAUGUCACAGGAAGAUCACCUCGCGGAGGCGGCAAGGAUAGAACGACUGAAUAGCAAGAGUCUCAACCGAUGGGAGAAGACCGAACGGAGAAAGGCAGAGGAACGGCGGGCGCGCAUCGAAGCGUUGCAAAAUCGCCGCCUCGAGGGGCCUGUCAUGUCCUACUGGAGUGGUCUGGCUACGUGGGUGAAUGGCCGCUUGACACGGGUUGGCAAGGUCGAUAUCAAGGCCAAGCCGGAGAAGGAGGAGAAGAAGAAGGCAAAGAAGGAGAAGGAAGAGAAGCCCUCGGUGGAAACGCAAGCCGGCCAGAGUGCGACGACGCAACCAGCGCCCACAACCACACAGCCUGAAGGUGUUCCUACCACCGCGCCAUCUACAUCAUUAACACAGCCUGCGCAACCAGCUGCAGCAGCGACCACACAAUCUGGAAAUCCGACUGCUCCUGUACAACUCCCAGCGGAAGUGCCAGCGCAAGCUGCGGGUGCGAAUGCGAAUGUGAAUGCGACUACACAACCUGAAAACACAUCUGCGCCGGCAACUGCGGCAGAGCCCAUAUCUACCCUACCUCCUCGGGAACCACCCAAAGACGGCCAAAGCCCAGAGACGAACGCCAAUCCUGAAGAAUCAAAAUCAGAUCAGCCAGUGGCAAAUACCUCCGAUAAGCUGAUCGAGCCUACCGAACCAGAAAGCACGGGAGCUACCCCGAAAUCGCCUGAGAAGCAGCCAGUAUCAGACGUCGAAAACCAUGCAUCGCGUGCCUCUAAUUCACCAAGCAAAGUAUCGCAGACGGCACCUCCUGCGGACUCAUCAAAUGAGGACCAAGCCAUGGACAUCGACCAACCCGCGACACCAGCCGAUCCCCCCAAGGCUGAGGCGCCAUCACAAGAGCAAGCAAACGUACCUGUGGCAGGCAGUGAUACCCAAGUGGCUUCAGGAGAUGUGCCUCAGGUCAGCACCGAAACAACCGCUACGAAACCCCUGUCCGACGAUGUUACAGAUGCUGCAUCUACCAACCCUCCAUUGGACUCUAAGACCCCUUUGGCGUCUUCCCCCGAUGCGGCCCCGCUGCACACCACGCCACCCGUUGUGCCCGCAAUGCAGGGCGAUCCCAGCCAUCAAUCACAAGGCGAAUCGCCCGCUGUGAUAGAGGGGUCUGCGCAGCCAGAGCAUCCACCACCCCCGCCAGUUAUCGAAUACACGGGCCGCAAUUUGACGAUUCUCGAGAAUUUCGACGAUCGCACGGCGCACAGCAAGAAGUUUAGUAUGUACUUCAAUGCCAAGAAGCCUCCGCGCUUGACCAAAAUCUCAUCAUCGCUAUGUGUCAUCACCUCAUUGCCAUCGCGAUAUCGUGAUCCCGAAACAUCACUCCCUUACGCAAAUUCCUACGCCUAUGGGCAAAUCCGCAAGAUGCUGUCCCAAGGGUACAUCUGGAGCUCGAUGCUAGGCUGCUUUGUCGGGGCUGCCGAGACUGCCGCCCGUGGCGUGCCUGAGCGCUUUGUCGGCAAACCAAUCAGUGGCGUGACAGUGAAGCAGGAGGAAGUCAAGGAGAAGGAGAAGGAUACAAAGGCCUCAUCAAAAGAGGAGACCAAGUCGUCAAAGCCUGAUAGUGCCAAAUCUACUGGUGCCAGUGCAGCCGAACCGAUGGCAGUGGAUGCGUAA